ACCGGUGUGUUCUGUUCUUGCUGUAGGUAACAUGUCGGUUCCAGGACCUUACCAGGCAGCCCCCGGGCCUUCCUCGGUGCCCACUGCGCCCCCAUCCUAUGAAGAGACAGUGGGAGUUCACAGUUACAUGCCAGCGCCUCCAGCCCCGGGGCCAGGACCGACCACGGGGCUCAUGACAGGCCCGGAUGGGAAGGGCGCAAACCCUCCUUUGUAUUACACCCAGCCAAUGCCCAUCCUCAACCCCAGUGCCAACACAACAGUUCAGACUGUCUUCGUGCAGCAGCCCGUGUCCUUUUUUGACCGCCCCAUCCAGAUGUGCUGUCCUUCCUGCAACAAGAUGAUCGUGACUAGGCUGUCCUACAAUGCUGGUGCCCUCACCUGGCUGUCCUGCGGGAGCCUGUGCCUCCUGGGGUGCAUCCUGGGCUGCUGCUUCAUCCCCUUCUGCGUGGACGCCCUGCAGGACGUGGACCACUACUGUCCCAACUGCAAAGCUCUCCUGGGCACCUACAAGCGCUUGUAGGACAUGGCCAGGCACGGAGAGAGCUGCUGCGAGCUGCAGGAAGUUGCCUGAAUCUCACCCAGCCCGCCCCGGAACAGGCUCGCCUCCAGCGGUCCCAUCUCUCCACCUUCAUAUCUUCUUUUGGGGGGUGGGGGCGGUUGUCGCAAAAGUAACGAACCUCCGAACCCCAGAAAUUGCUGCUUGGAGAGAUGUACAGGCGAUGCAGAGACGUGGACCUUGAGUGUGGGUUCAAGGGUUUCCUGCCUACCCACGGCCCCAAGGCCGCCCUGACUGUGACGCCGCCCCUCUGAUAUCCUCCAGUGAGUUGCCUUCCGGCCUCAGUGGGCCCUUCUGUUGGUCUCCUACUGAGAAGCCACAGUUUGCCUUAUUUUUGAGACUCUUGUGCCUGGCCCUCGGCUGAAGCAGCUUGUAGCGCCUGUCAUCCUGUCCUCUCACGCCUCAUGACAAAAAUCUUGCCUUAGAGACUGUAUGGGUUUGCCUCUUAGAUUCUGUAAUUGCAGACUUUUUUUUUUUUUGGGGUAUCAGGGAUUGAACUCAGGUCCUUGUGCUUGCAAGGCAGGCGGUGGAACCACUGAGCUAAAUCCCUGGCAAUUGCAGACUUUUUUGGCACUCAAGCUCACUUUAAUUUCUUAAUGUUCUUUCAAGUGCAAGGAAGGGAUAUUAACACCCACUGGACACAGAUAGAUCCAUGAGGUCAUAAA